UAAGACCGGCGAAUCAGCUGACUUCUUACUUCAAAAUAUUAAUUGUAAUCACAUUGUUGACAAACUCCGCCACUUCAAUGAUCGACUCCGAAGCACUGGAGAAUGAGCGAACGAAGCUUAAACGGGAGAUCGCUGAGCUACGAGCGGCGCUGAAUAGGAAGGAGCAAUGUCUGCGCGAUCUGGAAACGACUAUUUCAGAAGCCAACGGAGACGAGGACGAUAUUCAUCCGGACUCCAAUGGAGGAGUGUGCCACACUCAACUGAGUAACGACGACAUCGCUCGGUACAGCCGGCAACUGAUACUCCCCGAUUUCGGUGUCCAAGGCCAGUUGAGGCUAAAGAACAGUUCCGUUCUUAUCGUAGGCAUGGGAGGAUUGGGGUGUCCGGCAGCACAGUACCUUGCUGCAGCUGGCUGCGGAAAGCUGGGUCUUAUCGAUUACGACGAGGUAGAGCGGAGCAACUUCCACAGACAAAUCCUACACUCGGAAGCGCGAUGCGGCAUGUCCAAGGCCGAAUCCGCAAGGAUUGCCCUUCUGGAACUAAAUCGGCAUUGCGAGAUUCGCUGCCACACGAGGCUAUUGAACAGUCGGAAUGCCAUGCACAUCAUUCGCACCUAUGAUGUGGUUUUGGAUUGCAGCGACAACGUGGCUACGCGGUAUCUGCUAAACGACGCCUGUGUGAUGCUAAGGAAACCUCUAGUGUCCGGGAGUGCCUUGAAAACGGAUGGGCAGCUGACCGUCUAUUGCUAUGGAAAUGGACCCUGCUAUAGGUGCAUCUACCCAGUGCCGCCCCCUCCAGAGGCAGUGACCAACUGCGGUGAUGGGGGAGUUCUGGGUGCUGUUACCGGAACUAUCGGGGCCAUGCAAGCUUUGGAGGCCAUUAAGGUGAUUGUCGGUCUUGGCGACGUACUGGCUGGUCGCCUUCUCAUCUUCGAUGGCAGCAGCUGUCUGUUCCGUAACAUUCGAAUUCGGUCUAAGCGGCCUAAUUGCCAUGUCUGUUCCGCUCAGCCACUGAUCACGGAACUUAUCGACUAUGAACUUUUCUGCGGGAUGCAUGCAACAGACAAGGAUAAUCCACUGCAACUGCUAGCUGCGGAAGAGCGCCUGGAUGUGGAGGAGUACCGGAACAAAGUACAGGAGCAACCUCACUUGUUGAUUGAUGUUCGACAGCCGGCAGAAUUUGAGAUUUGUCAGUUGCCCGAUGCUGUGAAUGUGCCACUAGCCGAAAUCCUCGAUGACAGCUAUCUGAAACGCUUUCCCAAGCAACUAGAGAACACUCAGUUGCCCAUAAUAUUGCUUUGCCGACGAGGCAAUGACUCCCAGAUUGCCGUGCAGCACGUACGCAAUCGAUUCCCAGUGCAUUCCAUUCGAGAUAUUAUUGGUGGAUUGCACGCUUGGACGCACAAGGUGGAUCCCAGUUUUCCCAUAUACUGACCCCCGGAAUAAUAUACAGUCGAAUAUUUAAGAAUGUAGAAUUAUUCUUUUUUGAUUUCCUAAUUCAUUUGUACAACGUUUCUCUCUUAAUUUGUAUAUUCUUUACGUUUUUUUCGUAUAUUGUUAUAAUUGUAUCUUGAAUAAUAAAGGAAAUAUUAAA